ACCACCGGGCUCCGGCCUUUUAUCUCGGCGCUGGCUUGGGGGAGGCGGGAGGAGGAGACACCAGGGGUGGCCCUGAGCACAGGCGACACCUUUUUUCCCGGACUAUAAAUUGAGCACCUGGGAUGGGUAGGGGGGCGACGCAGCCACUGUCGUCUGCAGUCACAGUCUGGCUACUGACAGUAGCAGUGCCCUUGGGCGGCAGCCGGCAGCCGGAACACUGAGCUGUCAAGGAGCAGAGAAUCAAGAGACGCAGGAAGAGCCAGGCCAGUGCUCUUCCCACCGACCACCCACCGCCAUCGCCAUCGCGAGCUUUCAGACGCCAAAGCCAAGAAGCCGCGCAUCUCACACCGCCCGGCUGCAAACAGAGCAGAGCCAGAGAGUGCGGAGGAGGAGCCAGGAAUCCCGCCGCACCGGCUGUAGCCAGGCCCCCGGCGAAGGCCUCGCGGAGUGCGUGAAGGCGUGCCCACCUCCCCCCCUUACUCGACCGGCCAUUCCGGGUCGCCUCCGUGUCCCUGUGCUUCGACUCCGGCGCGGCCACCAUGAUGCAAAUCUGCGACACCUACAACCAGAAGCACUCGCUUUUUAACGCCAUGAAUCGCUUCAUCGGCGCCGUGAACAACAUGGACCAGACGGUGAUGGUGCCUAGCCUGCUGCGCGACGUGCCCCUGGCGGAGCCCGGGCUAGAUGACGACGUUAGCGUGGAGGUAGGCAGCAGUGGCGGCUGCCUGGAGGAGGGCACGCCCCCGGCCCCCAGCCCCGGCAGCGCCAACGGCAGCUUUUUCGCGCCCUCCCGGGACAUGUACAGCCAUUACGUGCUGCUUAAGUCCAUCCGAAACGACAUCGAAUGGGGAGUCCUGCACCAGCCGCCGCCGCCGGCUGCAGGCAGCGAGGAGGGCAGCGCUUGGAAGUCCAAAGAAAUCCUGGUGGACCUGAGCCCCCUGGAGAGAGCGGAUGCCGGCGAAGAAGACCUGGAGCAGCAGUUCCACUACCACCUGCGCGGGCUGCACACUGUGCUGUCCAAACUCACGCGCAAAGCCAACAUCCUCACCAACAGAUACAAGCAGGAGAUUGGCUUCAGCAACUGGGGCCACUGAGGCGAGGCGCCCGCGGCUGCCCAGCACCCUCUCCUCUAGCCCCAUUUCUCACCCUCUUUCUUUCCUCCAAGCUAUUUUCUUCUCGCUGUGGGGCGCCGAGGGCUGACUGCAAAGUUGGGGGUUGGGGAGAUGGGGGAGCUACGUAGGAGCAGAGGGCGCGGCGGGGCUGUGUGGAGGAGGGGUUCUUAGUGCGAGGAGAGGAGCGCGGCCGCGGGCCGCGGGGGACUUAAGGACCCGCGGAAGGGUGUCUGCAUUCUGUGCUGGUGGGAAUGGGACUGGGCUGACGCCCCGCAUUCAGCCUGUGCCUUUCCUGGGGUUUCUUGUCUGUUCUUUCCGGAGGAAAAAGGCCUGGGAGGGGUGCCAUGCCAGGGCGCGGCGCUGGGGUUGCCUCACUUGGGAACGCAGCCCAGAGCUGGGUGCUGGGGAAGGCGGGGCGCGCGCAGCCUCCCGCCGCCCUGUCGUCGGGCCGGUGGAGGCCCUGGCCUUGCUAGGAUUGCAUCAGUUUUCCUGUUUGCACUAUUUCUUUUUUGUAACCGUGGCCCUGUCUUAAAUAUUUCAAGUCUCCUCGCUUUGAAACUUAGGCGAUUCCAUUGUGAUAAGCGCACAAACAGCACUGUCUGUAACCGGUACUACUUUAUUAAUGAUCCUCUGUUACACUGUACAGUAGUCCUGUGGCACCCUCACCCUAGCCCCUUCACCCCACCCCACGUCCACUCCAGUGUGUGUAAGCUGGAAGGGUGUCAGUUUGUACGAAGCUUGCCACUCUGCCAGUGAAAAUAAUAACAUUAUUAUGACAAGUGAAUUUAUCCAAAAUGGAACCAACUGAAAUUCUACACGCCCUGUGCAUAGAGUGAUGAAGGGUUCCUCUGUUGUUACUUGUUUUAAUUUUAUUUAAAACCUUUUUUUUAAUCCAGAUGUAGACUAUAUUCACAAAAAUAAAAAAAGCCAAAUGUGUUAACUAAUCUAGA